CAAUGGUUGCUCCUCAGUACAUCCCCCACAACCCAUACAGCGCACCUCCCUCCAAUAAUCUGGGGGCUCCGCGCCAGCAGCUCCCCGUGCAACAUAAUCCUUUCGGUUUCAACGCGUAUGGUGGUGCUAAUAUCAACAUCCUGAUUCCUACAUUCCCCAACCACUAUGUCCAACAACUACCUCUUCCUCGUUUGGGACAUUCGGGAACUGAUGGGGGCCGGGGAGUCGCAUAUGCUCAGAAUGGUCGGCAAGGUUUCGUGGAAGAGCUUCAUAGCCAAAGCCCACCGAUCAAAUCAGAGUCUCGCUGGAACACCCCGAUGAACUCGCCCACUCUGGUAGUGAAUAAGAGCAAGGACAUCGCCCCAACGACACCUGUGGAUGGGUCGAGCGAGGUCACCUUUGAUACCGAGGUCGACACUCUUAUGAAGGCAAUCCAGGCAAAGUCCAAGAGCACACAGCCGCCACAGCAAAGCUCAUCUAUUGAUCCGAGUAGACCUGUGGUAGGUGUUUCUCAUAUCCCUCGUUACGCGCAGAGCGCAGGAGUGACUGCCUCUGGCCAGGAGACUAGAUCCAGGCUCACGAAGGAUAUCCAGGACGAGGCUGGCCUUGCGAAAGCCAGCAGGAAACGGUACCACUGCACGAUCAAGAACUGCAUGAAGAGCUUCUAUCAGAAGACGCAUCUCGACAUUCAUGAGCGCGCCCAUACGGGUGUGAAGCCAUAUCCGUGCAGAGAACCGGGUUGUGGUCGCAGCUUCUCUCAACUUGGAAACCUCAGAACUCAUGAACGGCGUCACACAGGGGAAAGGCCAUACCAAUGCGAGAUCUGUGGGAAGAGAUUCGCACAACGUGGAAACGUCCGCGCCCACAAGAUUGUUCACAACCAAGCCAAGCCAUAUCUGUGUCGCCUCGAUAAAUGUGGCAAGCAGUUUACACAACUUGGCAACCUCAAGUCCCACCAAAACAAAUUCCAUGCUCAGACUAUCCGUGAUCUGACUUCCAAAUUUGCCUCGAUCAAAGACGGGGACAUCGUCGGGUCCGCCGAUAAAGAGCUGUGGGAAUAUUUCGCCAACCUAUACAAGAACAGCAAUAAGGGUAUCAAAGGCCGUGGCAAGGACCGAAAAGUCGGCGCCAACCCGAAAGCUUCUUCGAAUCCAGGCCCGCGAGAUACGGGUCUCGGCGGUGGCCGAUACGCCUCUCCAACCGGCACUGAACGAGGCAUGAUGGGCCCCGCCGCGGGCCACGGGAGAGGAGGCGAGGGCCAGUACGAAAUGUUCGACGCGGACGAUGCGAGCCAGUCUGGGAGCCACAGCGGGAGUGGCGGGGCGAGCUCCGUCGCGAGCUGUGACGAUGCGCCUUCAGAUGGAUAUGACGAUAGUAGCAGAGGCGGGGCGUUAGCAUUUGGCGAUCGGAUCUAUUGAUCAUCCAUCUAGGUAGUUCAGGAAGGGAGGGACCAAAAAAAAAGGGGCGUGAGUGACGGGAACCUUGGGUAUAU